AUGACGGACGUCAAUCAUGCCUUCAUAAGGCGGUUAAUGACGGACGUCAAUCAUGCCUUCAUAAGGCGGUCAACUGCGGACGUCAAUCAGGUCUUUACAAGGCGGUCAACUGCGGACGUCAAUCAGGUCUUCACAAGGCGGUCAACUGCGGACGUCAAUCGAGUUGUCAAGAAGUGGUGGUGCACGUAUGUAGCCACUCUUGUCACGCACAAUCCCAAGUUUUAUGAAGCGGUUCCGCACGCCAGUUUGUUGGUGGAGCGUAUGCCCGUCACCGCCAAGCAGUCAGUGCGGGGAUUCAUAGAACAUUAA